AUGUGUGAAGAAUUUCUGUACGAUCGCAGCAUCCAUUUCGACAUUACUGUCUCCAAAUUGAACAUGCUGAAAGGUGAAAAAACCCUCUUCAUGUGGUAAGAUGUUGAAGACAUCAAAGGAAACCCCGAUCAACUCGGUCGAUUAGUAAUCACCAACGUAAGGAUCUUGUGGUGGAGUGAACGCAAUAACAGUGUCAAUCUCAGCAUUGGCUUAGGCACUAUAUUCCACAUCGAGCAGAAAAUCACUAACAAUAAUCGCACAUUUGGAACUCUCUUUCGAACCAAACUAGCUACUGGAUAAAAAUAUGAAUUCAAUUUCCAUAGUUCAGACAAAAAACUCUACGAGUCCUUAGUCAAUAUCUAUAGACUUUACACUCAAACCUUGUUACAUCGAGAAAUCAAAGUGCAAUUCGCUAUGAUUUCACAAAAGAAACUCAAUCUCUCAGAAAAAGAAUAAAUAAUUAACCAAUAUAACAAUACAAUCAGCGUGGCAAAUGAUCAACAGGAUGUCUCUGGUACUCUUAUAUUUACCAACAUUCGAUUUGUAUGGUAUUCAGCCACGAAUGACCUGUUUAACAUUAGCAUCCCUUGGAUUGCAGUCAAGAAGACGAGUAAGAAAACUACCAAAGGUUUCUAUACUAUGAUAGUUGAAACUUAUUAAGAAUUUGGGGGAUAUUUUGUGGGUUACAGAAAUAACGAAAUCGAUAGCAUGAUUAAAGAAUGUAUUAAAUUGCACUCAUUCUAUAUUGAAAAUCCCAUUUAUGGAAUUGAAAUUUAAGAGAAGCUCCAACCUACUGUUCAGAAAUUCGAGGAAAAAGUAUAAGUUGUGGAGAGUGUCUACAAUCAAGCUGCUCGAUAUCGAGCCAAUGAAAACAAUGACACUCAAAAUGAUAUCGUGUAAUCUGAUGAGUUAGGCUUGGCCAUUUAGAAACUGCCUGAAAAUACUAGUUUAAGUGACUUAUGGAAUAUUAUUAAAUAAUGA